AAAGUUGAAAGACUUAUGAAAUCCAAUGUACCUCAGUUGAAAGGCCAGUUUCCUCUGACUGUUUCCUUAAUAUUGAGACUCAUGCUGUUGACUGCGAAGGCUGAUGACAAAGCAGAUGCCAGAGCAAAGGCAUUGUCGGUGCUGAAGCACUCACUGAUGUCAUUCAGAAAAGAAAGAUAUGCUGAAAUAUUAAAAAUUUAUUUCAUGUUUUCCUUGCAAUUUCUUAUCAAAGAGGGCUACUUGGAUCAAGAAGGUAACCCCAUAGGAUUUGCUGGACUUGUGACACACUUGUACUAUUAUGAACCUUCAAAUUUUGUUUUAGUGAGCUUUCUUGUGAAAGGUUUAUUCCACAAAUUGUGCCAGCCAAUUAAAGGCUCAACUGUUUUUUCAGAAGAUGUCCUGGAAAAGCUAGUGCUCAUUCUAGCAAACCUAUUUGGGAGAAAAUAUCUUCCAGCCUGCUCAAUGAAAUAUAAACGCACAUUUUGCCAGUCAAAGGUCUUUCUAGAAGAUCUGCCAGCAGACUUUGCAGAUGCUGUAAAUGAAUACAACACCAAAGUAACGGAAAAUUUUGCUCAUUUUCUUCUGUCAACUGCCAAGCUGGCAGAUAUGGAACAAGAAUAUAGACUUCCACUGUCAAAGACAGAUUUUACAUCUAAGAAUUGGCAUGGCUCUGAACUAGCAUCUUAUUUCAUGGACACCACCAAAAGCAUAUCUGCCAUCUCGCCUUUUGCAUGUUUAUCUGGAGUGAUUGACAACAAUCUGUUUCAUGGGGAGAUCAUCAAUAAAGCUGUCUUGCGUUCCCUUGGAAUUAACGUCACAAACUGUCCCCUGCUUUAUUUGAACAAGUAUGAUAAUCAAGGAAGGAGGCAGCCACUCAAUGCAUAUGCACUGGACUUCUAUAAGCAUGGUUCUUUGAUUGCAUUGACAACUGAUAACUGGUUAAAUGAAGGAGAUGCUUACUACGCACUCAAGGAUUUUUCACUCCUCAUUAAGUCUAUUGGAACAUCACUGAGUGAACUAUGUGAUGAUCCAAAUGAUAAUGUUCUGCUGGCAUUUCAGCAACUGGGUGAAAUCUAUGAAGAGAAACUGAAGUGUGCUAUCUGA